CACAUCUUCCCGCCGUGCAUUUGGAAGACAGCGGCAAGCAGCUGGACACACAAGCAUCGCGUCUCCUGCCCCGACAUUCUGCCGAAAUCGGAGCCGUAGUUGCAUCUCGCUGACUGCAGCGGGCGGAAUGCAGGGGCCGUGAACAUAUAGUAUCCAGGACAGUAACACCGAAAGGGAACAUUCAGGGUCGGACUUGCUCGCUCGCACGAUUUAGUCUAGGGCAGGCGGGUGACUGCGUGUGCGUGAGGACUCACAUGCAGAACCCGCUUGCGCGGGAGAUCCCGAUUCGACAAGUGGCAGUCAUCUUCAUCACAUCGAGCCGUUUCAGACCCGUCACGACGCAGGGCUUUGCACUCACCCUCACCCCCCAUCUCCAUCCCCCUCAGCCGCACACCCAUUAACGAAGGAAUCAGCAAGAAUCAGCAAGAUGGACUCGCAGCUGACGCUCGUCGACCGCGCCCCGCCCGUGCGCCUCACGUUCGGCCCGGACAGCAUGACCAACGCGCUCGUCUCGUGCGGCGGCGUGCCGCGGUACCGCAUCGCGACGCGGCUGCACGGCUUCAGGACGGAGAUCCGCGAGGUCGGGCCCGGGGGAGAGGAUGCGGAUGCAGCGGAGCCGGCCGUGGUCAUCUCGCGGCGGGAGGUGCUGAAGGAUACGAUCCGCUUCCGGGGCGGCAAGGAGGUGAAGAUCGCGCAGUGGAUGCGCAAGACCAAGCUCGCUGGCCGUGUUGCUUACGUCGUGGAAAACGAGCUCGGUUCAUUUACGCUCAGGGUCGAUCCCGUGUACCGCCUCGCCCUGUUCGCGGACUUUGACUCGGAGACGCCCAUCGCGCACUGGUCGGAAACAGACGCAGCGACGCUCGUCAUCGACCUCCCCGGCCCCGCGGCGCCGGAGACGCACCUGCAGAUCUUGGCCGCGUUCACCAUCCAGGAACUCCGGCUCAGGAUGCUCGAGAAGGCGGCCAUCGUCGCUCAGCGUCGGGCGUCAAUUGGAUUGGGAUCGCGCGGGGGCUCCAAGCUUUUGUCUAGUUGAAUUUGGAGCGGGGGACUUUCUGAUUGUGGAUUAUUUAUCGGUGUACAUGGAUCCCUGAUGAAUGGCGGCGCCAAGCCUGUAAAUUGAUAUUUUGUUAAUCUAGGACGCUAGUAAUUUGGAGUUUUGUGGUCUCGAACUUGCAUGUUACUCAUUUUACUAGUCCUAGCUUUCAGCUUAAGGCAAGAAUACUCCCUGCACACGAUGCUUGAUCGUUGACUGUUUCUGAAGUGCCGUAGUUUCCAACGGCAUGCAGCCAGACAUCGGAACUCUCCGGCUGAGACAUUCGUCCCGUGAUACUUCACGCGUGCAGUAACUGCUGUUCCGCGGAAUAGUCUUGAGAUUUCUAGAGUGUAUACAUAAAUAAUAUACAGCCCACAGUGCAGUCUAUAUACACAACCUAUCCCACAAUCUACGACUGUGUGACAUACCCGAAAAGCCCGCCUUCCAAUCCCCGGCUGACCAUCAUAAACUGGUUCGCUGCCUCCUUCGUUUUCUUCACACUGCGGCUGCUCACAACAACCUUCGCGAAGCGCUCCUUGGCUUCCGGCCCGGCCCGGCUCGCAGGAUAGAAAUCCUCCGCGGCCAGGAUCUGCGGGACCCAGUUUCGCGCACCGCCCUGCGCGCCGAGCAGCGCGUCGUCCCACCGCGAGACGAUCGCGCCGAGGAGCUCGAGCAGGUUGUUCAUCGCGCUGCGGGGCGCAGUGCCCGCGAACCCCUCCAGCACGACCUUGACGACGUUCCGACCGUGGACGAGCACGAGGUGUCGGUGGACGGUGCGCAUCGCAUCGGAGAUGGGCGAGAAGAGCGCAAGCCGGUGGAUGAGCGUCGCGAGGAAAUUCGUCGCGCCGACGAACGAGUACCGCUCGGGCAGCGAGAUGCCGAUGAGAGUGGUCUGAAUAAGCGCGUCGAAGAGCGACGGCGCCGAUGUUGACGGCGUCGAGAGCAGCGACGCGAACGAAGCCGUAAAGUCCUGCGCAAUCCGGUCCAUCAGCCCGAAGAAGUCCUGCACGACAUCCGGGUGGUCGACGAUCCCGUUCCCCUCAAACACCCUCAGCCCAGCGCGGGCCAGCACACCGAGCGCAGCGGUCACACACUCUUCCGCCUCCGCAUUGGGCUGCGUGCGCGCCGCCAAGAUGGCCGGAGGCGGAUUCAUCGCUGCUACCAGGCCCGCGGCGAGACUCAGCCAGCUCGCGCUCAGCUGCUGCUCCGCGACCGACACGACCAGCCGCAGGACGGGGGGACCGGGUAGCGUCAGCAACGUCACGUCCGCAGGCAGGGCGGUGAUGCUCUUGACGACAUCGCCCAGCACGGCGCACACCUCCGCAUCCAUCGACCAGAGCUGCAGUGUCCUCGAGAUGCACUCGAAAAUCGCGUCUCGCAGCGAGGCGAUUCGGGGAUCGGAGCGAACGGCGUGGAUGAGUUGUAAUGGCGUCGGAGAGGACGAGUUCUCUUCUUCGUCGUCGUCCAGAGAAAACGACUCUGCGUCUGCUCGCGUCAGACCCCGUGCGAUACCGGCAAUGAUGGAAAGCUGCAAGAUUGCUUGGAGCCGGGGCCCGUCGUCCUAACGUAGUCUCUAAGUCCAGCACUCGGUGGGAAAGUCCAAAAACCCACCUGGGUACCUGCACCAGCUGUGAUUGCCUCCCGCACACCCUGUACUGCAGGCCCGACAAUGGCCUCGAGCGGGUCGACUGCUUCGUGCGGUGGCAACGCCUGGAUGACACUCGCAAUGCUCUGCAGGAUCUUGGGUUUCUCCGUAUCCUACAGGCGUAUAUAUAAGUCCUAAGCACAACAACGGUGAAUAGAC